AUGAAUUCUGAUCUAGGGAAUCAAUCGCAAAUCUUUGAAUUAGCCCUUAAACUCGGUGAGAUACGAAAAGGGGAGGACAACGUCACAAAGUACUUCAACUCCUUGAAGCGGAUUUGGCAAGAUCUUGACCUCUUCAACACCUAUGAGUGGAAAUCUAUUGAGGAUGGACGUCAUCAUAAGAAGACCAUGGAAGACAAUCGGAUGUUCAAGUUCUUGGUUGGCCUUAAUGUCGAUUUUGAUGAGGUAAUGGAGAGAAUCAUUGGAAGACAACCCCUGCCUUUAAUUGGUGAAGUUUUUUUAGAAGUUAGAAGAAAAGAGAGUCGGAGAAAUGUGAUGUUGGGCAAGAAGAGACCUAGAGUUUCUAUUGAAGGUUCAACCUUGGUUACCACGGGUGUAGGCUAUAAUAAAGCCGUUGCGUUUCAGCACAAAUCAGAUGAAAGACCAUGGGGUUGGUGUGAUUUUUGCAACAAGCCUCGCCAUACCUAUGAGAACUGUUGGAAAAUCCAUGGGAAACCUACGAAUUGGAAAGGAAAAAUAGGUGACAAACCAGGUCGAGCUAUUAUUCCUAUUGCUAAUGAGGCUGAGACCAACCCCUUCACUACUGAGCAAAUGGAGCAUCUUCUGCACUACUGA